AUGGUUAACUACCAACUUUUCCUGCUAAACCAUGAUGAGGAGUACUUGGCUGUCGCCAUAAAGCAGUUUGAAGAACGGGUCGACAUAUGCCGACGGCUGAGAGCUUCAACAGACAGUCAGGAAGAUUCCCGUCAAAAAGCAGCUAAGGCUCAGACCGCUACAGCACAUGAGGCUAUCGCAUUCCACUGUCUAUCGCUCUGUUACACUGUGCAAGGUCACCUCGAUAAGGCGAUUGGCGCAGCUUGGGAUGGUCAAAAGCUGGCCGUCCAGUCGGGCGAUCCCAAAAAGGCUCUUGCUCAAGUCAAUCCUUCCGAUGGAUAUACGCCGGUUGCAGCCCUCUGGGAAGAGCCUUGCGAAGAGUACCGAGGUUACGAUAUUCUGAUCGAGGCGCUGAAUCGACAGCUCAACCACGACGAGGUCCAGCAGCACCCAUCAGAAUCUGCGCUGGAAUCUGCUAUUCGCAAGGGCUACCGGGAGCUUUUGCAGGAGAUUUUACGACCAGUUUUGCUGGAAGCAGACAAACGGUCCAGCAUAACAAGACUGCGACAGGUGUACGCGAAGGCUCUUGCUACGGAUGAAGAGAAAGCACUCCAUUUCGACGCGUUCAAAUAUGUACGUUUCGCCGACUUUGCUAGACACGGCAAGCUGCCCAAAUCUAGCGAGAACCUGACACGCCGCUUCGGGGAUGAUGGUGAUGAAGAGCUUUAUGUGAUUUUCAUGUCGUACACAUGGUCCAAACAGAAGGGUGUUGGCGGAUUCUCUCCCGACGAUAUGGGGAAUACCAAGUAUCAUCAAAUGAUGAGCGCUUUGAAGAAUUUCCUUCUGGAACAUCCGGACGUGAAUCCAAAGACCGUUUGUGUAUGGCUCGACUGGGCCUGUAUCGACCAGGACAACAGAGGCAUACAGACACGCGGUGUGGCAGCACUACCCAUGUGUGUUGCACAGUGUAACGCCAUGAUCAGUAUUACCGAGGAUAACUACUACGAACGGGCAUAG